CUAAUUUACUUUCAAAAUCAUCAUAUAAUAUAAGAAUAAUACAUGAUGAAUUCAAUCUUAUUCUUUCACCUUCUAUAAACUUAGAAAAUGCUUUACCUGAAUCAUUCAUAUAAAUAUUCGAUUUGGCCAAUAUCAAGCUAUUGUCAGCAUUUGAUGUUACAGAGUACAUUGGCGAUUUCUUAGUUAACUGCUUAACAUCAAAAUAGUCUACUAAUUUCUUGAGCAUAUAAUGGCCUGUGGAGUGUCUAUUGGACGCUCCUGGAUUACCCACAGAGAAGAUUAUUAAUGUUUUAUCCAUAAUAUGCUGGAGAUAUUGAUAUUGGUAAUAGUGUGUAGGUGAGUAGAAAAUCGCAGCCUAGAAAAAACGUUAAGAAACUUUUGCUAUAUAAGCAGAACAUUCGACAGUUGACUCAUUGGGUAUAGCAAGAAAUGAGUCAUGAUUUGAUAAAUGAUAACCCAGAAGUUUCAGAUGCUGAUGACAAUGGACAAGUUUUGGCUUCGGCGAAGGUAGAAGCAGGCAUUCACGAAAGCAAUGAUCCAGAACUAGAACAGGCUCAUAAUGAACACGAACAUAAUCAGGAUCACGAAGUCGAAGAAGAGGCAGAAGAAGAAGAUGAUGAUGAUGACUUCGGAUCCUUUGAUGAUGCAUCCUUCGAAGAAUCGCAGCAGGCAGAACUAGUACAGUCACCAGCAACUGAAACCGGUGAUCCAGUCCAACAUAAAGUUUAUUUACCAGCUACAUUUACUGAGGAUGUGUUUGAUAAUGAAGUAUUAUUUUCAAGUAAUCUUUCCAAAGUAUUGGAUUCAGUAUUUGUGGAUGAUGAAUCCCAUAUUCUAGAUCAAACAGCAUCUGAAAGGGGUCAAUUUUUAACAGAAAGAUCAGAAAUCAUAUUUAAUCAAUUAUCUAAUAUACCACAUUUAAGGCCCUCCAAUUGGACUAGACUGAAUAUCCGUCAUAAUCUCCUCAUUCGUUUGGGUAUACCGGUUAAUCUUGAUGAAAUAAACAAUCAAGAAGUAUCUAAUAAUCAAAAUCUUACUGUUCCAACCUCCAAUACUACUCAACCUCAAUCGCGUCGUAAAUCUAUAUCUGCAAAAGAUAUUAGUUGGGAUGGAUAUGAGAUUCCUGAUUUUGCUGGAUUAAACAUUACUAAUGAAGAGAAACAAGAUAGAUUAAAGAAAACUAAUGAAAUACUAUCACGAAUCGAAACAGAAAAUAUGGAUCAUUCAUCUCGACAGUUCUUAGAACUUCAUGAUGAAGAUAAAUUCAUUCAAGUCAAACUUCAACAACUUCGUGAAAAUUAUGCUGAAUUACAAGCAUUAGCAAGUUGUUGGAUUGAUAAUAUGAAUGAACUUAAUGGAGAUUUUGAGAUAUAUGAGAAUGUAGUUCAGAACUUAGUAGGUUAUAGUCAAAGAUUACGUAGAGAUGAGAUUUUUGAUAAUUUGAAAAAGGUCAAGCAGAAGAAAGGUUCUAAAAGAAAACUAUGGCGAUAAAUUCCGUCCAUUUCAUAUUCAUAUAGUACAUAAAAGCAAACUAUAUACAAAUAUAUAUAUAUAUAUAACUUAUGUUAGAUCAUAAACUUAAUAUUGCAAAUUGAAUAAAGAACUUAAAUCAUCGUUCAAUGAGUUGCUCUCUAUUCCUGCUUGCAAAUUCAUAUUAAGG